UAGGCCACUUUACAGACACCACAGAGGUGGACCUUAACCGGCUAGGAGAGUACUCCAACUCACUGCCUAAUCAAAUAAAAUACAACACAAUAAAAGGCGCAAGGCUCUUCGCGUGGCAAGAAGUGCUCCCCUUUCGCUCGUCUCACACAAACUAUUUGGGAAAAGCUGGAACCCUCAGACAGAAAAGACGCUCUGUGGAGAACUCCUUGAAGAAUGCAGGACGGGAGCUGCAAUGAGCCCCUGCCCCACUCUCUGCUGCUGAAGGACAGUGUUGGCGCUCUGGGGGCAUGCGACGGCGGCGGCGGUGGCAUGGGCAUGGGCAUGGGCAUGAUGGGCAUGCCAGGCUUCAUGGAGUCCGACCUCUUCCCCGACUCCCUGGCGGAGCUGGAGGGGGGAGACGGUGACGGUGACUUCGACUUCCCCGAGCUCUCGGCUUUCCUUAGCGAGGACGAGAUGAGCCUGAGCCUGGACUUGGCUCGCGAGGCCAUGAGCGACACGGAAGACGCCGAGCCCCCCGCCCCACGCCCCGCUCCGAACCCCGUGCCCCAGGCCCUCCCCUCGGUCCACCUCCCAGCACCUCCACAACCCCCGCCACCACCACCACCACCUCCACCAGCACCAGUGUCACACCAAGAACCCACCAGGGGGGCUCCCUUCCGGCACGAGGCCCCCAUCUCACACACCACCAUCCAGACCCCGGAGUUCAUCACCACCACAUCCAGGAGCCCGGGUGGUAGUACUCACAACACGCCACUGCUGGGCAGGCCCGCCUACAUGAUGACCCAGGCAGCACCAGUAGGCCAACCCCCCUCUUACUCCUCAUCCUCCUCCCUGCCGCCCUUCGGAGCCCCACUAGCGCCCUCCGCCUCGCCCUCCAUGGCGGAGAAGUUUGUGUGCCACAAGGCCAUCGCGCCCAUGUACAAGCAGGACCGGCCGCGGCUGGUGCACGGCGGGCUGGAGCUGAGCGAGCGCGCCGCCUCCACCACCGAGUUCUGCAGCCGCGCCGCCACCUUCAUCGAGGAGCUCUCCUCCAUCUUCAAGGGCUCGGCCGCGCGUGGAGGAGUAGUAGGAGGAGGAGUAGUAGGAGGAGGAGGAGGAGGAGGAGGAGGAGGAGGAGGAGGAGGUGGUGGUGUAGGAGGAGGAGGCGGAGGAGGUGGAGGAGGGACAGAAGAGGACUCCUCCUCGCCCGAUAGCGGAUACCUGUCUCCCAGAAGCCACCGGCAGCAGCAACUGCAGCAGCAGCAGCAGCAGCAGCAAGUUAAUGCCUCCUCAUCCUUCUCCUCCACUUCGUCCACCUCCUCUUCCUCACUCGUCCAACAGAGUAUGCAGCAUAGGAGCCAGGUGAACCUGGCACCAGAGGCGUUGGCUGAUGGUGGUGGUAUGAUGGGGAUACCCGAGGCGCAACAGCAGCAACAGCAGCAGCAGCAACAGCAGCAGCAGCAACAGCAUGGGGGUGUAAUGGUCAGCGACGGCCCCGUGUCGCCCCCUCAGUUCACCCAGAAGCUGAAGAGCCAGGAGGUGGCGGAGGGCAGCCCCAUCCGGCUGGAGUGCAGAGUGAGGGGGAACCCUCUGCCGCUGGUCAGGUGGUUCUGUGAGGGGCGGGAGCUGCACCACUGUCCUGACAUCCAGAUCUGGCGCGAUGGUGACCUGCACACGCUGGUGAUCACCGAGGCCUUUGAGGACGACACGGGACGCUACACCUGCGUGGCCUCCAACGCGCUCGGGGCCGACAACACCUCUGCCGAAGUCUACAUAGAGGGAGCAUCAUCAUCAGAUUCAGAGGGAGAGGGUUCUGGCUCCAAAUCCAGGCAGGGCACCAUGCCACAAGUUCAGAAGAAGACGACCUCUGUGUCUCUGACCAUUCGCUCCUCGCCCCCCAAGAGUCCCGAGGUGAUGCCCCACCGCUCCACACUAGUACAGCCACUCGCCAUCACCCCACAACGAGUUCAGAGUCCGGUCUCUUCUAUGUAUGGAGGCGAUGGACUGCUCUCAGCCCCUCCUGUCUUCACAAAGGCUCUGCAGGAUGCCCAGGCAUCGGAGGGCCAGGUGGUGGUGCUGGAGUGCCGGGUGCGGGGCAGCCCCCCUCUCAAGGUGCAGUGGUACAGGCAGGGAGACGAGAUAGAGGACUCCCCAGACUUCCGCAUCCUGCAGAAAAAGCCUCGCUCCGCUGCUGAGCCAGAGGAGAUCUGCACGCUGGUGAUAGCGGAGGCCUUCCCUGAGGAUGGAGGGCUGUUCUGCUGCACGGCCAGCAACCAGUACGGAUCCGUCAACAGCACUGCCCACCUCACCAUCACGCCAGUGAUGGAAUCGCCCAGCAAUGGCGUGGGCGGUGAUGCGGACAGCGCCUUCGAGGACAGCCAGCCCUUCCCCCCGCCACCACCACCCAAUGAGAUCAGCCUGCUGGAGGUCCCACCCAAGACCCCCCCCAGCGCCGAGGGUUUCCACGUCAACGAGCUAGAGAUCUGGCCCAGUGUCAGCGCCCCUCCUCCCCCACCCCCCAUGCCCCCACAGGUGGCCAACGGCACCAUGCCCAACGGCCAAGGCAUCCAGAGUCCCUCCACACCCAUGUCUCCCAAGGACACCUCACCCGUGAAAGAUGCUCCAUCCCCAGUCAAAGCCCCCACUGCUCCAUCACCAUCUGCCACCACUCCGACCAAGGAGGGCCCACCCGUGCCUAUCAAACCCAAGCCGAAACUAUCGGAUGAUAUAAAUGAAGACACUGCAAAUGACAGGAACGCUGAGCAGUUAAAGCAGCUUCGUGAGCAGAUCUUACUGGAGCAGCAAGAGGCCGCCGCCUGGCAACACCUGGAACAGGAAGUCCCGCCUCCGCCUGCCGAUCCACCAAUAGCAACAGCUCAGCAGCCCUCCCAGCCCUCCCAGCCCUCCCAGUCCUCCCCGUCGCAGGAAGGCCGUGCCCAGUCUCCACCCCUGCCUCCUCCGCCCUCCUUCCAGGAGCUGGAGGUCAGCGCCACCAUGCAGACCAGCACGUUCAACUACGCCCGGCCCAAGCAGUUCAUCGCUGCCCAGAGCCCUGGCAGCGGCAGCGGAGCUCCUCCCUAUGCCACCCAGUCCUCCAACUCCUCCGGCUCCAGCCUGCCCUCGCCCCUCUCCCCGCCCAGCGCCCACAAGCCCUUCGCCCGGGUGGCCCUGCCCCCCUUCCAGCCCCCUCCUCCCCCGGCGAUGUCCAAAGCCGGCAGUGUGGAGUCGCCCAGCUCGCCCUCCUUCCCCCCUCCGCCUCCGCCGUUCCUGAGUGCCGCUAGCAGCGCCGUGUCCUCGCCCACGGGCAACCAGGACUUCCCCCCUCCGCCACCCCCGCCCCCGCCGCCACCCGCGCCCGUCUCGGCCAGCCCCACCCUCUCGGACCGCUCGUCGCCCUUCACCUCCAUGCCACAGUCGCCCGCCAACUUCCUGGCCUCCGUCCUGCCCACCACGCCCACCACCCCCACCCACAACUCCAUGGGGCUGCCCAAGGGCAAUGGCGUCAUUGGUUUCACGCGUAAGCCCAGCAACAGGACUCCGCGCAUCGCCACCGACUCGGAGAUCCAGGGCUGCAAAGACUCUGUGAUCCAGGACCUGGAGAGGAAGCUCCGCUUCAAAGAGGAGCGCAUGAGCAACGGCCAACAGAGGCUAACCUAUGAGGAGAAGAUGGCUCGCAGGCUGCUGGGUGCCGACAACGCUGCCACUGUUUUAAAUGUACAGGAGCAGGAGGAGGAGCACUCCACGCAGGACAGCAGCACCUCUGACUCAGACUCUGUGCCUCAAAAGGAGUACAAGGUGUCCAGCUUCGAGCAGCGGCUGAUCAGCGAGAUCGAGUUCCGGCUGGAGCGCUCGCCCGUGGAGGAGUCGGACGAGGACGUGGAGCACGACGAAGACACGGCCGGGGAGUGCGUGGCGCCCUUCUUCGACAGCAAGCUCAAGCACUACAAGGUCUUCGAGGGCAUGCCUGUCACCUUCUCCUGCAAGGUCAUCGGCGACCCCAAGCCAAAGAUCUACUGGUUUAAAGACGGCAAGCAGAUCUCCAAGCGCAGUGAGCACUACCGCAUCAGCCGGGAUGCAGACGGCACCUGCAACCUGCACACGGCCGCGGCCUCCCUGGACGACGACGGCAACUACACCAUCAUGGCCGGCAACCCAGCUGGUCGUGUGAGCUGUACUGGGCGUAUGAUGGUGCAGGCGGUGAACCAGAGAGGCAGAAGCCAUCGCUCCACACCCGGACACAUCCGCAGACCCCGGUCCAGGUCCAGAGACAGUGGUGAUGAGAAUGAGAACAUUCAGGAGCGCCACUUCCGCCCCCACUUCCUCCAGGCCCCCGGGGACCUCAUCGUGCAGGAGGGACGCCUCUGCCGCAUGGACUGCAAGGUGAGUGGCCUGCCCACGCCCGACCUCAUCUGGCAGCUGGACGGCCAGACCAUCCGGCCUGACUCCUCCCACAAGAUGCUGGUGCGGGAGAACGGAGUGCACUCAUUGGUCAUCGAGCCAGUCACCAGCCGGGACGCCGGAAUCUACACGUGCAUCGCCAGCAACCGCGCCGGACAGAACUCCUUCAACCUGGAGCUCAUCGUAGCAGCCAAAGAGAUGCACAAGGCCCCAGCGUUCAUAGAGAAGCUCCAGAAUACGGGUGUGGCGGAGGGCUACCCGGUGCGUCUGGAGUGCCGCGUGUCUGGCGUUCCCUUCCCACAGAUCUUCUGGAAGAGGGAGAACGAGUCGCUCACCCACAACACAGACAGAAUCAGCAUGCACCAGGAUAACCAUGGCUACCUGUGCAUGAUCAUCCAGCCAGCCCUGAAGGAGGAUGCUGGCUGGUACACCGUCUCCGCCAAGAACGAAGCCGGCAUCGUCUCCAGCACAGCGCGCCUCGACAUCCACUCCCAGUGGCAGCAGACCCACACCCCGAAGCUCAAGAAGGUGCGUCCCUCGGCCAGCCGCUACGCCGCGCUGACGGAGAGGGGCCUGGACGUGAAGGCCGCCUUCUUCCCAGACUCCAGCCCUCUGCAGCCGGGCGGCCUGGUGGAGAGCGAAGACCUGUAGAGAGGAGGUGGAGUGGGUGGGUGAGGUGCCAUCGCAAGCAGAGCAGAGCGCUCACUUCACCUUGACCUUACCAUGUGAACUUUUGACCUUGUAAACUGCAACAGCAGCAGCACCAACGCUCCGCAGCCCCUCCCCAACUCCACCACCUUCUGCCCUCCCCCCUCCAACCGAAGCAACGCAACUCACCCCCUAACCCUUGAAUGAACUCGAUGCCAUCCUCUCAAUGGUUGUGGUGUGGAGUUGAUCUGAGAUGAGUGUCUUCAGGCUGAACGGAUGAAGGCGUGGAAGGAGUUGAAGAUGACGCCAUGGAUUCAAAAUGGCCGACAAAAACGGGACUUGUUGCAGCCAAUGGGAAUUCUUGUUGAGUUGGCAGCCCUUCUUUGACAAGUCACAUCUAUAGCUUUGAUCCAGAAGUGCUUUUGCCCAGUACACAAAAAUAUAUAGUAUGCUUCAAGUGCUCUGCUAAGCCAAACCAAGACAUUGACUUCACAGGCUGCUUGUUUAUGUAGGUAAAGCUAGGCCUUCUAAGUUCGAUUUUUUUCCCCCUUGGGGAGGGGAGGAGGUGUUGUGAGUGCAAAAGUGAGGUCUUAGCCUUCCUCUGUAUUGACUGUUUUUGAUUCAUCAAUCUAGAUACGACACUCACACAUUCACAUGCAACCAAACAUAAUGAUACUCACUGCCACUAAGAAAUGGACACACACACACACACACCAACACUUGCACAUGCGCACGCAAACACACACACACACACAAACACAAAAGCAAACACACAAAGUGCCUGGGGGACACACCAUGUUCUCUCGCUUCAACACAAUAUGUGGUCUAACAAACAUUUCUCAUUUGGAACACACGGUAGAAUGUAGUUCUGCAUGUUACCAUGGUGCCAUUUUGAAUACUCUGUAUGUAUUUACUCUGUGCUGUAGUUCUGUAUGUAUUUAUGAUGGUGAUGGUGGUGGUGGUGGAGGUGGAAGGCUGGGAGGGUUUGGGGGGAGAUUGGGAAGGAAGAGCUCCUUAAAAAAACCUCCCGUUCAGGAAAAUGAAAUGAUGUUCAUGAGAUUUGAUGCGAGCAGCAAGGGGGAAUGUUUGGGAGAAGAAGACACAGGUCGAUAUGAAUAGCAUCAGGAACGUCCGCAGUUAAAGAGGAGAUGUAGGUGGGAUGAGAGAAGGGCUGAGGCCGUCCCUACAACCCUACAGCACUGGCAUGGGCUCAACACGGGAGGGGAGACACAGAAACACACUCGCUUCAUUAUUUUUUUUCACCGCACACCUGGGUGUGGUUGUCAUACUGUACAUUACCGAUGGUUUCAGCCCAGUGGAGGAAGACAGGAGAGGUUAGCGAACGUAUACCAUGGAUAUCAUUGUCAACAUUGUCUGGUUAUGUAUUUAGCACGAUAACUUAGAUAUUGCACAAGGCCGGGCCUUAACUAGUCUAUUUUUUUUCUCUUUCUUUGUCUUUUUUUUUUUCAAUUUUCUGAACCUUGAAUCAGAUUAAACUGACAUGUAAUUUUGAUCACGUGUGACAGAUCUGAAGUAAUGUUGGUUGACAGCGAGCUAGUGCUGCCAUGACGACAAGGUACUGUGAAAGUGUGCUAACUGGAGUGACUGGCAGGGCAGCGGUGAGGAUUCUGAGGAGGUUGGCAGUGCUGAUUUUGACUGGUAUUGAAAUGGACUGAAUUGUGUCAGAAUAUUACAUAUGAUACAUUGUUACUAAACAUGUGUGAAUGGUGUAUGAAGAAACAAGAAUGUAGUGUAUCCACUUCAGUGACAAAGUAGUUGAGACAGAGAUGGGGGAUGAUGAUGUUGAUUGCGGUGAUGAUGUUGGUAGCGAUGGAGGUGGUGGUGGUAGUGAAGCUAGAGUUGGGGUACCGAUUGGUGGUGAAAGAGUGAAAUACAGCUGUUUGAAAUAUACUUUUCCAAAACGCGCAAAAAAUGUUGGAGUACUAAGUGGUUGGAGGUCUUGGAUUACUGGAGUACUACAGUACUAUGUGUUUCCUGAUCAACUUCAAGUAUGGUGACUACAGGCCAUUUUGUCCUUUUAAAAUGUGCGUAAAGGUGUAUUAAACAUUCACCACAUCCUUGGUACAGAUGUAAGAAGAGAAAUGAGGGGAAAGAGAACUGAAAGAAAGAAGGAAAUAGUGAUGAAACGAACGAAUCAGUGUAAUGGUGAAGAAAUAGUUUACUUUUUUUUCCCAAAUCUGUAAACAUAUACUCAAACCAGACCGUGGCAGAUGUGUAUUCAUGCCCAACAAAUAAUAAAAAAAUAUUUUUGUAUGAGUUAAAAAAUAUAUAUGUUCCAUUAAGCGCAGUUGAUGUUUUCUCCUUCUCUUGUAGAGACUCUUUGUAGGGAAAUGACAGUAGUCUAAUCCUUUUUAUAAAACUUACAAACUGCCUGGUCUAUAUUUAAAUCUAUAUGAAAUCAAGUGCAAGUAAGUAUGUAAUGCAUAAUAGGUCAGCAAGGCCUAGUUCAAUUAGCUAUAUCUCAGUGCAUAUUCAACUGUUGGGUACUCUUCUUUAAAUCCACAGAAUCAUGUAGAAAUAAUAGAGUAGAGGGAAUCGGGAUCGCAAAUCGGUGGCAGAAACUCACACAAAUCUCUGUAUUUAAACAUUGAAAACAUCUGAUUAAAUAAAAUUAUUUUCACACUUUUUAUUUGAAAUGCUGUUUUGUGCCUACACACAAAGCUUCAAAUCAGGAGCUGCUGUGUCUGUCCACUACUCGCUAGCUAGCGUAGGGUACUCUUGCUCAGACAUACUUCUCUCCAUGUGUUUUUUUCCUUUCCAAGCCAGUCUGUGCCUGUAUAUGGAUUGUUCUCCUGAUACUAUUUUUGUGUAUGAACGAUAAUAUAAAUAAAAAGUCUCUGGAAGAACA